ACCUGGUAUAUUAUAUAUUUCGUGAUUACCUGAAACAUUCAAAGAAACCCGAUCAAACGUAAGUUCUAGCGAGUGAACACUAAGCGUAAUAUCAUCGAUAGUUCUCUUGAUGAUAAUGAGUCAUUUAUUUGCAAUCAGCAGCAAUCAAAGAGACAUAAUUACAAUAAAAUUUAUCUUUCCGACUUCUCAAUUUGUUCCAAACUGUCAAAGAGAUAUCUCGACGACUAAGAAGUAAUGUUUUGAGUGUCUAUUUGAAAAUAAUGACAUUUGAGGUAAAGAAUAACAAUGACAAUAGUGAGAAAGAUAAGGAUUUAGGUGUGGGUAUGGUUGUCGGAAUUCUUGUAACUCACACUCAUACUAGCAUCCUAUAGGUCGAAAUUCACGCGAUAAGAGUCAAUGAGAUAUUCCGAUCAUGAUGAAGAUGAACUUAGCAGCAGCCAAAAAGAUUCUUUUUUCCAGGCUUUAAUAAACGAUCGAAAUGGGUGUGGGUAGAGAAUGAACACCUACACCCACCCCCACCCCCACACCCUCGUACUGUGAAAUUCAUGCUAUGUCACGUUCUCGAGGAGACUUUUGCAUUUUCUUUGUUAUCUUUAUUAUGAUAUUUUGUUGAAGAAUGUGACUUUUCCGAGAGAUAUAAUAGAAAACGAUCCAUUUACUUUUUAAAUGAUAAGAUAGAAUAUCUCGAAGACUUUAAAUAAUAAUCGUAUGACGAAAUUUUGAGUGAAGCUUUUAGCCUAUAAUUCAUAAAAAGAAGAUUAUUAAACGAAUCAAGAGCAACAAAAUCACAUAGUGCUUGAAUUAUCUAGACAUAAAUGAGAUAUAAGAAGUAUAUUGCUGCUGAUAUCUAGGCGUCAUGUUAUGAAUAUUUAUGGCAACUCACAAAUAUGUUUUUCUAUGAUAUAUUUGGCUUUUUACAGACGAAUUAUCAUUUCUCUUCGAAAAAUAUAUGAAUACAGAAAAAAAAUACUUGACAUUUUUUGUAUGCUAGUAAAAUUAGAUUUACUUUCUGAUUUAAGAUUUUGAGCUGCAGAUUUCAUAUAGAUUUAACAGUUCCCCCUCAGAAAAGCAUACUAUAUGACCAGUCAAUAUCAUUCAAAUACUGUAUUGGUUUUGUGACAUACCUAUGAGUAUGAAUGUUACAUUGAUUCAACAUCCGCAAGAAGAAUACUGUGAUAGAAAAUCAUCUUUGCCUUUUCUGAGUAUCAAGUUCAAGUCUGAGAAUUUGAGAAGAACAGACACUUGUUUGAUAAUUUGUCUUUCAUUUCAUUAUCUCCAAAUAAAUAUUUCUGGGUGUAGAUAAAUAGGAACUACACCGACACCCAUUCGUCACACCCGAACAAGGUUGCUGAAUUGGUAUACAGAUCAAACAAUUGGAUUUUACUUGAACUAACACAGGUUUUUGGUAAAUAUUUGAUGAAUUAUAUCUAUAUAUUUCCUUUUGUUUUAGUAUGUUAAUUCAUUUGUUUAAACAAAUAUUUCAUUAUUGAAACAUGUUUACCUGUAUAAUAUUUUCAAUUAAAUACAAAAGAAAAAUUCUAGAAUCUAUCUAUUUGAUGGAUUUUAAAAAAGGAAGACGAAAUAGUGUGGCACGCAUGAUUAUUACUUUUUUUAUUACUUUUAUUGCUUCGAAGGAAACGCCUAGCAAUAGAAAUGACAGUGAUUGUUGUCAGCAGUAAGAAUAAUUUUCUAAUUAAAGGAAGAUUAUUACUUUGUCUUCAAUCGAUAUUUUUCUUAGAAAUAAAAAUGUGAUUAGAAGCACAUAAUCUAAAAUGAGCUCAAGGAAAAAAAACAACUUGAUUCAAUAUUAUAUGCUCUGAUUUGUUUUUUGUUCAAGCGGACAAUAUAUGGCAUCAUUUUAUCAUGAUGUAAACGGAGGUAGACUAUAUCUCUUAUUGCUGUAAAUCAUCAUUCGACAUAAACAUUUCAUAGCCUUAUUUUUGUAUUUAAUAUAAUAAAUGUGCGUCAUCUAUUCCAGGAGUUAAUUGAUAAGUGCUUUUUUAACGUUUCCAUGGAGUGGACGACACGUUAUAAUGGAAUGAAAAACAAUUCUUUAUAAUUAAUGUUUUGAAUUUUCUUUUUGGGACUUUGUUGUAGAUGUAUGAGUGAGAAUAAUAAUAACGAAAAUAUGUUACUUCGUUCAUCUGUCUUUGUACCUUUUGAGUCUCUUACACAACAAGUUAUCAAAUCUAUAGUUUCAGUUGCAACAACAUUUCGUAAACCUGGUUUUGAUUACAGUGAACGUACGAUUCUCAUAUUUUUGCUUGAAAUAAAGAAAAAACUAAUAGAUAUUGAAAAGAAAAUCCAAGAAAAUAGCACAGAAAUUGAUCAACAAGUGAUUCAACAUGCACACAAUGUUCAACAAUGGCUCGUCAAUAUAAAUAAACAACCAAUAAAUUGGAUAGAACUUGAAAAGAAAUAUAGUAGAAUUGCCGACCAAAAUUGUGAUGAAAUGGAUCGUUAUUGCCGAUCUAAUGCUGCUGAACCUUAUUUUGAAUUAAAAGUCAAAACUGUGAGUUGUUGA